AGAAAGUUUUUGGGGGGGACCUUAAACAUUUUCUUUGUCAUUGGCAUGUUCAUGAAAAUUGGAAAAGAAAGAUUCGACAACUUAUUAAGGAUGAGGAAUUACAAGCAGAAAUUUAUACUUAUUUAUGUGCUUGUUUACAAGCACAGUCUGAAAAUCUAUUCUCUUCUUAUGUCCAGGAAUUGUUGAGAAAACUUCAGGAAUCUAAUCAAGAAUUUUUACAUUACUUUCAGAAUUUUUACCUGAGCAGAAAAGAAAUUUGGGCAAAAUGUUUUCGAAGUGGGGAAUUUGGAAAUGUUCAUACAAAUAUGUUUGUAGAAAGUUUUCACAAUCAACUUAAAACUAUAUAUUUUGAAGGAAAACGCAAUAGACGGAUUGAUGUUUUGGUUGAUACCCUCUUACAAAUUGAAAAAAAUCUGUUCAUGACAAGACUUCGUCGUUUAAGUUAUAAUUUGCCCUCUGGUGAAAAUAUUAAUAAUUUUGAUCGUCAUCAGAGAAGUUUAGAAAUUGAUGAUUCCUGUAUUUUUCAAAUCAGUGACUUUUUUUUUACAGUUACUUCAUCUGAUUCAACGUAUGACAUAAAGAAACUAGUUGACAUAUGCAGUGAGAAGUAUUGCUUCAACAAGUGUAAAACAUUUCCUUGCAUCGACCUUUGUAAACAUCUUUUUUCAUGCUCCUGUCUGGAUUACAAAAAUGGUCAUGUUUGUAAACAUUUGCACAAAAUACAUGCAUUUGCCAACCUUAAUUCACACAAAGAUCAUCCAUCUAAUGCCAAUACAGACUUUUCGUCAAAACAAUAUGCAAGUAGCAGGGACACUGAUUCUUCAACAUCUACACGUGAUUGUACUGAAUUAAAGAUACAGCACAUUGAACAGAAAUUAAACACAAUAGCUGAACAGAUUAAAAACAACCCAUCAGUUCAAAAACAGAGACUAGACAAUAUUUUAAGUGCAUUAGACCACAUUAUUGCAGCAAAUGAGGGUAGCAAUCAAAUACACAAUUCUAUGAAAGAUUUCAAAAAGACAGAGAAAAUUUCUUCUAAUGCUAAGAAUUUGUUGCAGCCUAGAUUUAGACCAACUGUCAAAAAGCCUGGCCGGAUCCCAAAACCCCGUCUAAGAAAACCAACAGAGGAAGAAAUGAGGAACCUUCUUCCUAAUGUCUCUGGAUCAUCUCAAGAUUCCACAGUGCCAGUUUCGUUGCCAGGACCAUCUGUGGCUCCGUAUCCUCCCCUGAGACUGGUUCCACCGACAACCAAUACACUUCCUACACAACCUGCACCACAGCAAAGUGUAUUCAGUGUUGAAACUGGUUUGGGGCAGCCAACAUGGAUGAGAGUGCCUCCCUCUAUGCUUGGUAGGAGGAUUGUAACCACCAUCAAUGGCAAGAAACAGGUCAUUGUGUUCACAAGAGAAGACCAAAGAAAUGAUCCUGCAGACAAAGAUGGGGUGUGAAUUGGGAUAAAAUGAAGAGUCUUGUAGUUUGAUUUUCAAUACAUCAAUUUCUGUUUUCAGGGUGGGUAAAUUCAUAAGGAUAAGUUUCUUGUAGAGGAUGAUAGUAGGACAGCAAGUCAGUCCUGUAGUAGGCUGGCAAGGGUGAAAGGACAGUGUUCAUCUGAGGUCCUAGGCCCCUGUUCUGCUUCAUUCUCUGAUUGGUUUAGUUCAUAAGUUUGGAUUUGGAUUAGGAUAAGUUUCUUGUAGAGGAUGAUAGUAGGACAGCAAGUCAGUCCUGUAGUAGGCUGGCAAGGGUGAAAGGACAGUGUUCAUCUGACGUCCUAGGCCCCUGUUCUGCUUCAUUCUCUAAUUGGUUUUAGUUCAUAAGUUUGGAUUUGGAUUAGGAUAAGUUUCUUGCAGUGGAUGAUAGCAAGUGGAUGAUAGAACAGCAAGUCAAUCCUUAGUAGGCUGGCAAGGUUGAAAGGACAGUGUCUAUCUGAAGUCAUUCUUUUGUUAAUAGUUUUUGCUUUGUGUUUAAUAGAAACUUGGUAGUCUAGUCUUCAGAAAUGUUGUUGUUUUUUAGAGUUAUUGUUCAUUUUGCUAGUUGUUUUUUGUUUGAAUUAAUUUAUGGUUCUAUAUUUUAAUAUAUUAACUUUAAACCAAGUACUUUGCAUGUACAGGUAUUAUAAAUAUUAAUGAGACAAGUGAGUGACUUUUAGAAGUUAGUAUUUACUGUCAGAUUUCACAGUUCUUUUCUCCAUGUUAAAAUCAAAUAUUU